AUCCACGUACCGCCCCGCCCGCAUCGCGGACACUCUGUUCCGCCCUGUGCCCCUCUUCUCGAACGGUCCCAAACCCUAGCGCGACCUGAGCCCAUGUCGGGGUCUUACGGAUCCGACGACUACCGCGGCGGCGGCGGCGGCGGAGGAUACGGCGGCCGAGGUGGCGGUGGAGGCGGCCGCGGUCGCGGAGGCGGUGGAGGAGGGUAUGGGGGUGGCAGUGGGGGAGGUUAUGGAGGUGGUGGUGGAGGAGGCUAUGGCGGUGGCGGUGGAAGCUACGGCGUCGGGGGCGGUAGAGGUGGAGGCGGCGGCGGCGGCGGCGGCGGCUUCGGUGGCGGAGGGCGAGGUGGAGGUGGCCGAGGCGGCGGCGGCGGCGGCGGCCGCGGGGGAGGACGCGAGGGCGACUGGGUUUGCCCUGAUGCGAGCUGUGGCAAUGUGAACUUUGCAAGAAGAACUGAGUGCAACAAGUGUGGAACACCUUGCCCAAGUGGAGCUGGAGGUGGAGGCGGCAGCGGCGGCGGUUACAACAGAUCUGGUGGAGGUGGUGGGGGCUUCAACCGUGGCGGUGGUGAUUACGGUUCUGGAGGAGGUGGCUUUGACAGAGAUGGUGCUGGUGGUGGGGGGAGAGGAGGAUACAACCGAAGUGGUGGUAAUGACCGUGGUUUUGAUGACCAGCGUGGUGGUAGAGGUGGCAGUUUUGGGGGACGAGACCAGGAAAACCAAAGGGGCAGUGAAGGUGGCUACAAUGCUGGGGGCUAUGGACAAGCUCCUCCGCAAGGGCCUCCUUCCUAUGGUGGGCCUGCCGGUGACUACACAGCGCCUCCGAACUCCUAUGGAGGCAAUAAUGCAUAUGGUUCAGACUCUGCAGUGCCACCUCCUAAUAGCUAUAGCGGUGGCCCAGCCUCAUACCCACCAAGCUAUGGUGCUCCUCCUCCAAACCAAUAUGGUGGUGGCGCCCCAGGGGGGCAAGGGGGUCUGCCUCCUACAUAUGAUGGUGGCUAUGGUGGUCGGUCCAUGCCUGGGGGUGGAGGUUCUGGUGGUGCACCUCCACCUUAUCAUGGUGGUGGCGGCGGCGGUGGAGGUGGUGGUUAUACUGGUAGUGCUGCUCCUGAGCCAGCUGCAAAGGUUAAGCAGUGUGAUGCAAACUGUGACGAGACAUGUGACAAUGCAAGAAUUUACAUCUCAAAUUUGCCCCCUGAUGUCACUGUUGAAGAACUACAGGAGUUAUUUGGAGGAAUCGGACAGGUUGGAAGGAUCAAGCAAAAACGCGGCUAUAAAGAUCAGUGGCCCUGGAACAUAAAAAUCUACACUGAUGACUCUGGAAAAGCCAAAGGAGAUGCUUGCCUUGCUUAUGAAGAUCCUUCUGCUGCUCAUUCGGCUGGUGGAUUCUAUAACAAUUAUGACAUGAGAGGCUAUAAAAUCAGUGUUACGAUGGCUGAGAAAUCAGCACCCAGAGCACCCUCUUAUGGUCAUGGUGGUGGCCGUGGUGGUGGCUAUGGUGGCGGUCGCAGGGACAAUUACCGAGAUGGUGGUGGGCAUGGGCCCAAUAGAAACCAGGGUGGUGGCUCGCGUUCACGACCUUACUGAAACAACCAAUGUUAUUACUAUGAUUGUCUUCUGUGAAACCAUUUCUAUUCCUGUCCCUAUGGACUUGUACUCAUACAGCCGAGGCGUCGUCAGUCGUCACGUCUUUGGCCUGCUCAUAACACCUCACGCAAUCCAUGGAUCGUUACAUAUGCUCA